ACAGAUUCGGGUCGGGUUGAGGGUAGACUGAAAACGACAGUAGGCUGUUUAUGCGUAAGAACUAAAAAGCAAUCGAAUGAAAAUUGAGAGAUGGCGAGAUUUUCAGUAGAUAGAGAAGAAGGAGAGACAAGCAAUCGAAGAAGCCGAAAGAGACAAAGAAGUAGACAACCUCAACCUAAUCAACCUCCUAAACGACAACCACCCCCUGCCGUUGAAGGCAAUUACGAUGAUAAUCAUCAUGUAUAUAGGGCGUCAUCAUCUGAGCAAGAACAAAGCGGACCAAAUUCAUCCUCGUCUGAAGAGGAAGGAUCAGAUUCGCAUACCCAUGUGGAAUUACCUCCCAGACCCUCAACUAAUGGUGCCAUUGUUGUCUCUUUAAUUGACCCUUCAGUUCUUGAUUGUCCCAUCUGCUACGAGCCCUUGUCCAUUCCCGUCUUUCAGUGUGAAAAUGGGCAUUUAGCUUGCUCCUCCUGCUGCAAUAAAAUUGCACAUAAAUGUUCUGUUUGCACUAUGCCUAUUGGCUAUAAUCGUUGUCGAGCUAUUGAGAAGGUUCUCGAAUCAGUCAAACUACCGUGCCAAAAUCUGAAGUAUGGAUGCAAAGAAUUGGUGUUGUACAGUAAGAUAUUUGACCAUGAUAAGGUCUGCAACAAUGUACCGUGCCCAUGCCCCCUCCCAAGUUGCAAGUUUGUUGGCUCAUAUAGGCAGUUAUACCAACAUUUUAGUAGAAAACACAGGAAUUCUGCGGCACGCUUUCAAUUUAAUGCCACCUUUUCUGUUUCAUUUACUCCUAAUGACAAAUUCCUUGUUCUUCAAGAGGAGGAAGACAAUAUUUUGUUUAUUUUGAAGAAUACAGCCGAAGUUCUUGGGAAUGUGAUUACAAUUUGCCGUAUAGGGCCUCCAUCAUUAGAACAAGGAUGCUAUUAUCAGCUUGAAGCGAGAAUAGAGGGAAGUAAUAUCAGAUUUCAGUCUUUCACAGAAAGUAUCCAAAAGGUUGAUCAUGAUGAACAUUCAGAUCCAUACCUCAUAAUUCCGGGAAGUUUUAUUGGUGUGUCUAGGAAGAUCAGCUUGGACGUCUGCAUACGGGAUCAUGGUUGCAUACCCUAUAAAAGAGACAGUAGAAACUUGAAAGCCAAUAUUAAGAUGGUGGAUAAAGCUGUUGUUAAUGUUGGUGGCAAUACCAAACGAGGAAGCAGUACUCCAGUAGUAAAGAAACAAAAGAUUCAAUCUUUCUCCAUUUCCAACCCCAAAUCUAGAAAAUCUGCUACAGCUAGGGUGGAAUCCUUUGACACGGAGCUACUCGACUGUCCUAUUUGCUAUGAACCAUUCACCGUCCCUAUUUACCAGUGUGAAAAUGGACACACAGCCUGCUCUUCUUGUUGCCAGCGCAUUGCAAACAAAUGUCCUUCUUGUGCACUUCCUAUUGGCUCCAUCCGUUGCCGGGCUAUUGAGAAUGUUCUUGAAUCUGUCAAAUUUUCCUGUAAAAAUGUAACGUAUGGGUGUCGAAAGAGGAUGAAUUAUGGUGAGAUCAUACCGGAACAUGAAAAUAAUUGCCCAUCAUCCCCAUGUCCAUGCCCUAUACCUAAAUGCAGUCAUGUCGAUAACUCUUCUAGUUUAUGCUUUCAUCUUCAGUAUUAUCAUCAAGAUGAUUGCAUGACAAUUAUUAAAUAUGGUCAAACUUUCACCGUUUCAUUCACUAGUAACGAAAAAUUUCUUGUUCUCGGAGUGCAUGGUGACUCUAUAUUUCUUCUCAACAAUACUAGCAUAGAAAAAUUUGGAAACUUGAUCACAGUUUACCGUAUAGCUCCCUCAUCAUUGAAAGAAAGGUAUUGCUAUGAUCUUGCAGCAAAAAUUGAGGGCACGAAGCACACAUUUCGUUCGCUUACAAAGAGUAUCUCGAGCAACUAUGAAAAGCAGGAUGCUCCUUUAGCUGGGUUUCUUAUUGAUCCUGUUAGUGCUGUUGGUGAUAACGGAAAGAUCUCCUUGGAUGUCUGCAUAUGGAAUCAUACUUCAAAGCCUGCAGCUUCUAUUCCUAGCAUUGCAAAUUCAGCAUAACGGAGUUGAUGAAUGUUUUGGAUAUAUGAAGCAUGUGUAUGGUCAAGAUAGUUAACUAUGUGUUGGUUGUAGAAACUGUUCUCUUUAUCUCUUGGUGUAGUUUUUUGGUAGU